AUGCUGGAACGGAAAUACGGCGGCGUGAAGGCAAGGAACGCGGCGCUGACCAUUCAGCGAGCCUUCAGGAGAUACACGCUGCUGAAGAAGUUCGCGGCGAUCACGGCGAUGGCCAAGGCUGAGAAACGUCUCAGUAGGAAGCUUCAGGAAACGACGGAGAGGGCCGCCAGCGUGAACGAGCACGAGAGGAUGGUGUACCAUAGCCAGAUUUACAUACAACAGCCGCAGACGGCGAACAGGCCGAUGCCGAUCAGGAGCAUGUCGCUGAGGGAGAGGAGGCACGUGGAGAACUCGCAGUCACCGUUACCGAGGAGCCAGAGCGGCAGGUGCGAGGUCCAGGUCGUUGGCCAUCAGCACGCCAACCACAACGUGCACCAAACCGGAAGGCACACGCCCUCACUGGCGCCGAGUCCCUGCAACAGACACCAACAGUUACCGCCGAGCCCCUGCUGGGAGUCUAGCUCCCAGGAAAGCGGCUCCAGCAUGCAUUAUUACAAUCCACAGGAGACAUUGUGCAGCAUCAGGCAAGAGACGCCGCCGCGGGAUCUGCUGCGGACGCCGUGCACGUCGCCGUCGACGCCGCACAAUCUUCAGACACAGGCGGUCCAGAACUGGAGUAACGCCGGCCAUCUUGGCUCCGCCGGCAGAACGAGGGGAUCCGCGAAAAAGGUGCCGCCGGAAGUGCCAAAACGAACGUCUUCCAUUACGUCCAGAUCUAUGGAGCCGCGUCACAAUGGCCUGAGCAAAAGCGUGGAGAACGGUAGCCUAAGCUCGGUGCAGAGUUCUGGCAGCGAUUCCACUAAUUGCGAGAGCUCCGAGGGAGACGCCCAAAGAGGAUCACCUGUGUGGAAGCAUAAAGGAAUCUCGAACUUGCAAACAAGCGUUCCUCACAUUUUUAUUUCUGCGUCUCUACAGUCGAGCUCGCCGGAACACCAGGAAUGCGCCAACCACGCGACAGACUCGAGCACCAUGAUGAACAGCGUGAAAGAUCUUGGUCACUCUCACGCCAGUUCCGGAUACCAGCUUCCUCUGAUGGACCAUCCGGAAAAUAUGCCGCAGACGAGCUACAAAGUGUCGGAGACAGUGAGGAAACGUCAGUAUCGAGUUGGCCUAAAUCUGUUCAACAAGAAGCCAGAAAGGGGGAUCAGUUAUUUGAUCAGACGAGGAUUCUUGGAGAACAGUCCUCAGGGUGUGGCGAGAUUUCUGAUCAGUAGGAAAGGCCUGUCGAAACAGAUGAUUGGAGAAUAUCUUGGAAACCUUCAAAACCCCUUCAACAUGGCUGUGCUUGAGUAA